AUGCAAGCUCGUAGAGAGGAGUCAAUGUGCCUUAUGGAUGGUUCAUGCGUCGAUAUUGUGGACAGAGUGGAGAAUGGCAAUCUCAACGAUAAUAACCUGGAUUCAAGGCGAUGGAUGUUGGAUAAAAGUGCGGCCGAUUCCGAUUCGGACAUGAUUAUCAUGAUUGAGGAAAUGUUCGCCUCUGGUGCAGUAGAAAUCAGACGGGAUGCUGAUGCUAAAGUGCUCAGUCUUGGUCUUGGUGCCGGAUACAUCAACUCGUACCUCCAUUAUAAUUUUCCUAACAUGGAUAUAACUACUGUUGAGCUGGAUCCGGCGAUGCUACGAAUCGCCAAGAAAUGGUAUGCUUUGGAUGAAGACUAUCGACACCGGGUGAUAAUCGAUGACGGCUUGAAUUACAUGAAAUGCGCGGCGGAAAGUGGCAUUCAGUACGAAGUAGUGCAUCUUGAUAUCUGCACUACAGAUCCAGAUGCCAAGUCCCUGUGUCCCACCGACAUUUUCUUUACAGAAGAACCAGUGUGGGUGCUCUCAAAACUGAUCAGUGAACGAGCCGAGCGUGAUUUAUCUAUGGUGAGGAGUUUACGGCAAAAAAAAGGUACGGAAGGAAAGGUCGUUUACAAGGCAAGGAGUGUUAAGAAUGGUUUCUCUUUCAAAAAUCAUGGAGACGAUAUUGGAACAGAUAUGUCUGAAGAAAGACCACCUCCGGACAUCGGUAAUAACAGCACUCCAAAACCAUUUGAUCCGAAUUUGGUGAUGAAAGCCAUGGAAGAAUCAGGAGCUCAGCAGAAAUUAGCCACGGCCUGUAAUAUGUCUUGUGAACAUAAGGCGACACUUCAUAGCAAUCUGUCCGAGCUACAAGUCGAAGGUGACGUCACGCAGCGACUAGGGGAAUGUCGGACACAAGCCGAAAGCGAAUAA